UCCUCCUCCUCCUCUUCUCAGCUCUCCGCUGUCUUUGUCCAACAGGUCGCGAAGACAAAACCCGCCGUCAUGUCCGAUAAGAAGAUGACUUCCAGCCGCAGGCAUCACCUGAAGAGUUUGAUGCUUCAGAUCGCGGCAAAAUGGAUUCAGGAGGAGCAGAAAGAGAAUGAAGCUGUCAAGAAGGCCUACAUGGCUGAGUCUUGUCCUUCGCCCAAUAAGAGCGGGGACCAGGCCGCCCUCAUGGAAACCUGCAGAAAAUUGGCCGCUCUCAUCGACAGAGUGGACGAAGAACGAUACGACCUGCAUGCCAAAGUGGGAAAAGCUGAUAAAGAGAUCGAAGACCUGAAGAUCAAAGUGGUCGAACUGGCCGGAGUGAAGAAACCCGCCCUGAAAAGAGUGCGCAUGUCUGCCGACGCCAUGCUGAAGGCCCUGCUGGGCUCCAAGCACACGGUCAACAUGGACCUGAGGGCCAACCUGAAGCAGGUCAAGAAGGAGGUCAAGGAGGAGUCUGUGGAGGCCGGCGACUGGCGUAAGAACAUCGAGGACAAGGCAGACAGAAAGAAGAUGUUUGAGACUUCCUAAAGACUCCAACCGCCGCCGCCGGCCGUUAGCACACUUUAUUGGAUUUAUAAUUGAAUUGAAAGAAGCUUCUCUUUUUUGUUUCAUUCAAACUAUGAGUCUCAACUCGGCCUGUUUUUGUAAAUUUUGUAAAGCGAGAAAAGGUCCCUUUAGCUUCUCUUACUUCUCGUUAACUUUUAUUCUGAAAUGAGACUUCCUGUUUCCUCCUUUGCUGCUGAGGUUCACUUUUGACUUCCUGCUUCAUAUUGUCUUUGGUAAUAAAUGUGCUUGUUUUCUCCUCAA